GAGCCUCAAGACCUGAAACAAUCCAUUAAUAAUUUAUUUCCUCAUUCUUUUGUCCUCCUUAGGUUGGGUCUCUUGACUCACUUGACUCGAGUCUCUUGUCUCUCAUUAUGACUCUUUCUGCUGCUGGAAAAUGGAGGAGAACCACUCUAGCUCCUCUUGCUCUAUUACAAUCCCGAACCUUCCGAUCAGACGCCGCCCUAGAAGCUCUAUCCAAAGCCUCCGACGAAAAACUCCCUAACUUGCUUCUCUACAACUACCCCUCCUUCUCCGGCGCCUUCUCCGCUCUCUUCGCCCACCUCUUCCACUCUCGCCUCAACCUCCCCCUCCUCUCCCUCCCUUUCUCCUCCGUGGAGCCCUUCAGGGUCGGUGAUUUGUGCAUUCAAGGACUUGAAAGCUGCUAUUUAGUUGAUUUUGUUGGCCCGAGAGGAUUCGCGGUCGAGCUUGCAAGGAGGGCUUCGUGCGAGGUGAUUGGUUUCGAUCAUCGGAAAUCUGCACUUGCUGAGUUACCCUCCAACGGGGAGGAUUGUCCUGAAAACCUCACGUUUCGAGUGAAUACUGAAAAGAGUAGCUCUAGUGCUGUGUAUGAUUACUUCUCUUCUAAGCUUGCCGGUAUUGAACGUGAUAAUGGAAUGGGAGGAAGAUUGUUGGAAGUGGAGGACAGAGAUCAUGUGGAAAUGGUGCUUAAGUAUAUUGAGGAUGGAGAUCUUCGUCGGUGGAGCUUACCGGAUAUUAGGGCGUUUAAUAUUGGACUUGCUGAAUGGCGCUCAAAGUUGAAUUGCUUUACUAAUCCAUACAUGUAUGAACAGUUACUGGAGAUAAGUGCUACAGAUGUUAUUCUUAAGGGAAAGUCACGUAUUUCUGCUCGCCAAAAAUCUGCAAAUAAAUUACUGGAUAAAGCUUUGAAAAUAAGGCUGGGCAGAGGAUUUUAUGGGGAGUGUCUGGGAGUGAGAGCUGAUGGGAGUUCAGAGUUAAGUGAUGAAAUUGGCAAGCAGCUAAGUUUGAAAAGUGCCGCUGCUGGUCUAAGGCCUAUUGGAGCUGUUAUAUUCAUGCAACGGAGAAACCUCAAAAUGUGCUUAAGGAGUAUCGAUACUGCUACCGAUACCUCUGAAGUUGCAAAGGCAUAUGGAGGAGGAGGCACCCCAAGUUCUAGUUCCUUCAUUAUAAGGAUGGAUGAGUACAAUCAGUGGAUUUCAGGAAAUUCAAGAUGAACACAUCAAGGUGUGAAACACAAUCACAUAGUUUAUUUCCUAAGUUGUUGAAUUACCUGACUUUCUACCAUUGAUACUAGUACUGCUCUAAUUUCCUGU